AUGGCCUGUGUCAACCCUGUGCUCUGGGAAACCAAGGUUCUGCAGUCUAAGGCAACAGAAGACUUCUUCAGAAACAGGGUUCACACGCCUUUGUUCACCUUCCAGUUGCCACAGGGCUUGCACCAAACAUUGCAAUCAACAGCAUCAUUAGUUAUUCCUACUGGUAGAACUCUUCCAAGUUUUACCACAGCGGAACUGGGCACCUCAAAUUGCAAUGCAAACUUGACUUUUCCUGGUUAUCCUAUUCAUGUGCCAGCAGGUGUGACGCUACAGACUGCAUCUGGUCACCUUUAUAAAGUCAGUGUACCAAUUGUGGUGACACAGACUUCUGGAAGGACAGGUGUGCUUCAGCAUCCAAUCCAGCAAGUACUGCAGCCUGGGCAGCCCUCAGUAAUACCCACCAGUGUUCCGCCCCUGAGCCCAUGCACGCUUCAAGCAACUGCUGAGAACUCACAGCGAGUGGAGACUGUGCUACAACAACCUACUGCCCCUGGGAGGAGGAAGCACUUAGAAACUGGCACCAGUGAUGUGGUUGUGCCUGCUGGAACUGAGCAUAAAGUUAUGUCUGAAGCUUUGCGGAGUCAGCAGGGGAGCUCUCUGUGCAUCCAUCUUCCAGGUGGUAGUUUUCCCUCGCAUGUCUUGGAGACAGAUUCUACUGUGGAUUCAGGGCUGCGUGUUUCAACCAGCAUUACUCAAAAUCUGCGUGGUGGGCCCCUCUCCAAAAGCCCUCAGGGGGCUUCCCGCCUGCAUAGUGAUGCUCAGCUUCACAUUCUUAAAAACAAGAUGUAUGGAUGUGAUUCAGCAAAGCAACCGAGAAAUACAGAGGAACCCUGCCGUCUACCUGUCUCAGAGAAGGAAUCUAAUUCUCAGGUGGAUUUAAACAUUCAUAUAACUGAUGAUGAUACUAAUGAAAUAAUUCAAAUAGAUGGGACCGGUGAUACAUCUUCCAAUGAAGAACUAGGAGGUACAAGAGAUGUAGAUGAGAGUGAAUUUCUAGGAAUUAUCGAUGCAGGAGAUCUGAAGGUACUUGAAGAAGAAGCUGACAGCAUAUCAAAUGAAGGUUCAACUGCAAACAGUAGUGAUAAUGAAGACUCUCAAAUAGGUACUGUGGAAGAGGACCCUUUAAAUUCCGGAGAUGAUGUUAGUGAACAGGAUGUGCCAGACCUGUUUGACACGGAUAAUGUAAUUGUCUGUCAGUAUGAUAAGAUUCAUCGAAGCAAGAACAAAUGGAAGUUCUAUUUGAAAGAUGGUGUUAUGUGUUUUGGAGGGAGAGACUAUGUAUUUGCAAAAGCCAUUGGUGAUGCAGAGUGGUAA